AUGGACGCGUCGUUGAGGGAGUUGACUAUUGCUCGCGCACAUAAAGGCUACCGAGAUGGCACGUUCACAGCUCGACAAGUGGUCGAAUACUACCUGCAGCGUAUCAAGACAAUCGACCAAGCAGACAAUGGACCCAAAUUGAACAGUAUAUUGGCGAUUUCAUCAAUAGCCAUCGCAGAGGCAGAUGCUUUAGAUACGCAUCUCAAAUCCACUUCAGAGUUGAAAGGACCGCUUCAUGGUAUUCCUGUGGUCGUCAAGGAUCAGGCCAGCACAAAGGGCCUUGCAACGACAUACGGGUCGAUUCUCGCCAAAGAUUAUGUCCCUGAGCAAGAUGCAACUCUGAUCACAAGGUUGAAAGCAGCCGGUGCGAUAAUUUUGGCGAAGACUACCAUGCCAGAUUUCGCGACGUCUUGGCACUCGACAUCAUCUCUAUCGGGGACAACGAAGAAUCCAUACGAUACGAAAAGAGACCCUGGAGGCUCAAGUUCUGGCACGGGUGCUGCUGUUGCAGCCGACCUUGGUCUCUUAGGUGUGGGUGAGGAUACGGGGGGCUCAAUUCGCGUACCAUCCUCGUUCUGUGGACUCGUCGGUAUUCGAGUUACCCCUGGUAUAAUCAGUCGGGCCGGUUUCUCGCCCCUCCUAGUUCCCCAAGAUACACCAGGGCCUAUGUGCCGGACCGUCACGGAUGCUGCAUUGAUGCUCGAUAUACUCGCCGGCUUCGAUGAACAGGAUCCCUAUACAGCAGCAGCAGUUAUCGCCGGUCCGCCUACUGGGGGAAGCUACGCCGCCAAUCUAUCUGCGGAUAAGAUCAAAUCGGCACGAAUUGGAGUACUCCGAGAUGUAUUUGGACCAGAGUCUAGUCCAGACAGUCAAGCUGUGAACAAGGUUAUUACCGGGGCGCUGCAAACGCUUCAAGACAACGGCACAGUACUCGUCGAUGUUGAAAUUCCCAACCUGAUGAAACUCCUCGAGAUAACUUUCACGUAUCACCAGCGCUCUCGAUCCGACCUUGAUGACUUCUUCAGUCGACACCCGUUCCUUAAAACUAACACCAAGGAGAUUUAUGACUCGAAAAAGUAUCAUCCGGCCCUUGAUUUAUUUGAGGGUAUUGCUACAGGCAUUGGAACUCCCCAGGAAGAUCCCGAUUUCACCGCACGCCUCCUUGCUCGAGAGGAGCUUCAACGAGCAAUUACUGUCACUCUUGCCAAGCAUAACCUCGAUGCACUGGCAUUCCCCGAUGUCCAGAUCCCUGCGCCUCUACUUGAAGACGUGCUUUCUCAGAGAUGGCCUGCUGCAGACUUCCCUACGAAUACUCUGGUAUCAUCACAGUCGCUUUUCCCUUCUGUCACUGUCCCUGCAGGCUUGACUCAGGGGGGUAGUGGCUUACCGGUCGGCUUGGAAUUGGUAUCCUUGCCAUAUCGUGAGCAGAAACUGCUGGAACUGGCAUACGGAGUGGAACAGCUCGUCCAGGGCCGGAAACCCCCAGUACUGUGA